CUCAUGGAACUGCUAUGCUAACGGAAUCUCCUGAUCGUUGUUACCGGAUCUGUGGGUUAUGACUUGGAAGCAGAAGGUGACGCUUUCCUGUCUUUUCACAACCAACGCUGUCCUGAGCUGCAUCUUUGGAAGCCUGAGGGGUCCCUCCAGACUGCACCUCACACUGGGCAAGGUGGUGCUGGAUUCUCACUGGAACCUGUUGGUCUGAGGCACAGGACCUCUGUUUACAGUGACUGUUACCUCUGCAGUAUUAGCAGCUCUCAGUUUUGGGGUACAAAUAAUGUACCCUGGGAAAGCAGAAUGAGAAGUGGUCUCCUCCAGAUGAGCUACCAGAAUGCAAAAUGGUAAGCUGUUUGUAAGGCAAUUAUGAACUGGCCUGGACAGACACUCACUUGUGCCAGACUUGGAGAGGUUGGGGAGAGAUGGCCUGAGGGUCGCCCAUGCUGGGAAAAGAGCUUGAGCUAGGGACUUCUGGCUUGCCGUGGGGUAUUAUAUCAUGGCUGCCUGCUGGAAAAGUAACAGUUUAUGUUCUGCUUUUCUCCUCCCCAGCCAGUGUGCUACCGUCCUCAUUCUCUGGUACAUUUUGUGUGACUGGGAAGAGGAAAGGGUGGAAGGAAAAUGGAUGCUAAGCAAGUAUUUCUUAUGACAGGAGAAGAGGCAUGUAAUUUGUCCCAAAGAAUGUUAGGGGAUCUAAAAUAUGUACAGCUAUUUUUUCUAUUUUACAGUGGCUGAAUUACACGUGGUUCUCUUAUGUUCCUGUUCUCUUGCAUUUUUCUCUAGACAGGAAAACUAAUGUGUAUGUAUAUCUUUGCUCCAUUGCUAGAUUUACCUUGGCAUAGUUAGCCCUAUUCUGAACACUUAACCUGACUUCUAAGCCUAUGAGCAUUGUCAUAAAUGCAAGUUAGAACAAGCAAGGCCCAUAGGAUAAAUCAGAUUUCUAUAAUCUCUUUAGGAUCAUUUAUUAUAAAGCACUGGAUUCUUGGAAACAAGUAACCAGUCUUCUUUGUAUCUGCAUUAGUGAAAAUAAAUAAGCGGCAGCAGGACUGUGACUUGCACUUGCAUGAUCAACAACAGGAAAAGUGUUCUAGGUUCUAAAAGUAACUUGGUGUCUUUUCAUGAGGAUAUUAGAAAUUAUACUUCAGACUUGAGUGAAGUGAAAAUUUCAGAUGAAAAAGGAGCUGUUGAGAAAAGAAAAAUGACUCUGAUUAAGAAGAAUGUCUGUCAUGACUCUGUAUACAUAAACGCAGCUAAGAUAUUUCAAGGCAUUCAUAAUAGAAAGCCAAAGGAUAGAAUGUUAGUGCGAUAUGGUGAUGACUCACUAUCUCCCAUGCUGACUCUUAAAGAUGAGUAUUCCCAGCGUUUAUCUUAUGAACUAGCUUUCAGUACCCUGAAAUAUCAAGAUCUCCUUGAAGAAAUACUGCUAGAUAGUCAUGUGUACCCAUGUCAUUCAAUACCAGAUGAAUUAACCAGCCUGCUUCUUGUGAUGCUUUAUGACAUGCAAGACAGAAAGUUUGAAGCACGAGCGAUUUCUGAUGAGGAGGAACCCAUAGCAGAAGUUCAGAAAAUAGAGCAUUUUCUAUGCAGGUUUAAAAUCAAAUUGGCAGCUGCACUAGCAAGAUGUCGCAUCAAGUAUGAUGCUCUUUCAAUUGAAUACUUUCUACCAGAAACUAUACGGAAGCAUGAACAAAGAGCUUCUGCCUUACCUUUAUGUGCUUGGAUAAAUACAUUUAAGACCAGCCUUCAAGAAGUCUUCAGAGAUUUGAAGAGUAAGGGAUUCACUGAAGUUGAUUCUGUGUCAGACUUGAAGGGUUACGCUUACUGUUUGGACCAGCAUUGCCACGAUGUUGUGUUUUUCCCUUCCUCUCUUAAAGAUGAGCUGCUUAAUUUAGAUCUUUUUGCAGACUGCAGACUCCUACUGCAGGAUAAGUCUCGCAGCCUUGCUGUACACUCUGCACAGGCGCUGUUGAGUACAGAUGACGAUGUUAUCAUGGCUCACCUGGGUUCCCACCUCACUGUGGCCCAUAUGUCAGCACUGAGAGAUCACAGCACGUCCACAGUUUUUGUUUGUGGUGUAAAAACUUCUGCAAAAGCAGAUGAACUGAGAGACUUGUUCAGUCACAUGGGAUGUCAAAAUAUUCAGUUGUUACAUGAAGACUUUACUGAGAUUGAACCGAAAGAUCCCAGACUUAAAAACGCAAAAGUUAUUUUGUUGAUACCGCAGUGCUCUGGACUGGGUUUUAGUAAUCCAAUAGAUUUUAUUUUGACUGAACGUGGAGAUGCAGGAUUGCUGAAAGACCUUUACCAAGGAUCUGUGUCUAAGGAUAAACUCUGCACUCUUGCUGAGAAGCAGCUGAAUGAGUUGAUGCAUGCAAUGAAAUUUCAAGUACAAUCUAUUGUUUACUGCACUUCUUCAGUUUACCCAGAAGAGAACGAACUAGUAGUUCAAAAAGCACUGGACUCUGGUGUGAAAGGAAAAAAACUAAAACCGUUUAGACUUAUUCCUCCCGUCUUUCCUACAUGCUCCAAUCCAGAGUCCCGUGCUGAUUCUUUUUUCAAAAUAGAACCAUCGGAAAUUUCCAGUGGCUGUUUUCUGGCUAUUAUAGCAAGAGAGACAGAAUCUUCUGAAAAUGUGUCUGCUAAAGAUAUUGUGUCUCGUGCUGCGGAAAAAGGACUACUAGGCAGCAUUCUAGGAAAAUCAAAGGAAGAAAAGAAGAAACGGAAAGUAACACAACGUGGAAGUGAUACUGCUCGUGCUGGCAUUGAGCCAAAGACGGCUAAGGUUGCUCACCCUGAAGCUAUAUCUGAGAGGAAUGCUGUGGUUGCGGUAUCUAAAGCUGUAAGCAAACUGAAAAAAAAGAAUGUCAACCAACCAACCAGUCAUGUUCACCUGAAGAAACCUACCAUCAACCCAGUUUUAGACACAGGUCUUUCUACAGUGCCAAAGCACACAUCCGUUGGCAAGGUGCAGGGAAAGCAGACCGUCACUAGAAAGCCACGUGCAGAACGGAAAAAAAUGGUUGCAGUGAAGCUAGUGGAAAUUGUUUUUCCUCCAGUGAUAUCACCAUAUGUGCAUCCUCAAGGAAACCAACCCAGGAUGCCAGCUCAUAUCUCCUUGCUCCAGUCCAGACAGAGGAAUAGAAGCUUGAGGGAUAGAGUACCUCCUCCAUCUGUGUCUGAAGUGGUCAAACCAACUGUGCUUAGAAAUUCUCAUCCAGGGCCGUAACAAUCUGUAACCUUUCCCCUAGCUUUUUAGAAAAGGUAAAGAUUCCUGUAUAUAUUUAUUCAUGCAUGUAGAUGGCAAUAUACCUUUAUUCACUAUAAUCUAUGAGACUUAUUCUGAGAUAUUUGUGUGGAAAUAGCCAUGUUAGCCAUUUAAAACCAAAAAUUACAUUUUAAAGUAAAUGCAGCUCACUUGCAUAAGGUCGACAGACCACUGGAGGAGUAAGGUCAAAAACACUACAGCUUCUUGCUAUAGGCUUUAAAAUGACAAGUUAAAGCAUAGUUUUUUUUCUCCCAUGAUCUGCAUAGCCCUGUGUGAAUCCUCCAUUUCAAAGUGAUUUAAGUGAGACUGCAUUUAAUAAAUGGCUGUUACUGUUUACAAGUGUUAGCUAUUGUUUUUGUAAAUUACCUUUGGGACUGUGACACAUGGAAACUAAGCCUUGCACAGCAAGCAAAGUAGUUCACUUUUAUCUCUAAAGCUGGACAUGAAUUCUUCUACAAACAGCUGGCCAAAUACACUUGAACCCAUAGGCUUUCCAAUAUUAAUUACUUUGGUUUCUACUCAGGUGCUUAAAAACAUGAUCAGCAGAAACUAUAUAAAUACUAUAAUGCAUUAUCAUGACAAUUCAGUAUUUUUAGUAAUGUCAGUCUAUAUCAUAGCUUAUCUUAGGUGAAAAGAGCUGCUACUGUCCAAGUAAGUUACUUUUAUAAAUAGUGUAACUAUUCAUUUGAACAAUGACUGAACCCAAGGACUUUGUCAUUGUUCAGAAAUUAGCUGUGGGACCCUAAAAGAAUAGCAGAAUAAAUGGUAAAUAUCUACAUUUGUCUUAUAAUCUGAGCACAAUAUAAAAAGGAACAGACCCCAUUAAUAAGUGACUUAGUAUUAAAUAUGGGCAGUAUAAAUACAAAAAGUAAUUCAGGAAUUGUUAGCAACUAUUUAGAAUAGUUGGUAAGAGUUUAUUCAAUGUAAACACGCCUAGUAUCAGCAAUAUCAUACAGAAUCUUAAGGAUUUAGACCUAUCCAGAGAAAAUGUUUUACCAUUUUUAUUUUCUUCCUAUCCACACCAGUCAACGUAGCUGGAUGAGCUUUAGAAGAAUGGAUGUAUUACACCAUCGGCACAGGGAACUGCCUCUUCUUCAUCAGAUUAAUAUUAGUGUUUCACUAAUGUGCUUUUAACCAGAGUCACCUGUUGUACUUGAAGGUAUCAGUAACCUGUGGUAUAUCUCUGUGAGUAACCUAUGCUCCCUACCUGGUCCAAUAAAAGGAUAAACUCUGUUUUUGUUUCUGAGCAAACUUACCUAGACCUGUGUGCUUGUAAUGUACAGAACUGAAACAAAAAAUAAAAAUGCCAUGUUACUUCAAACCACCUUCAGGGAGGAUUCCACAUGAUAGACAAAAGGAAUGGAAAGUAGUUUGGUUUUUUUUUAAUAUGGUUGUUAAAUGCCUAAAAGAAGCUUAAGAGAUUCUUAAAUUAGAGAUGCAAACGUGACUAUUUGUAAAAAUGUAACUCACUGUGUCUCAUUUACUAAAUGCUGAUAAAAUGACCUCAAAACAAACAUGCAUUUGUCUAGUGACAGAAGCUCUGGGCUUACACAUGUGAUGUUCCACGCUUGGCCUUUUCAUCUUGUUUUGAGGAAGCUGACUCCUUGAGACCAAAGCAGUUGUGAACUUGACAUCUUACCAAGAAUAUGAAAGAGCUGAGCUAGCCGUGAAGAUUUUAAUUCUGCAGGUUACCAGCUUGUUGGCUGAGCACCAAACAUCACCUGGUGGCAACAUCUGGGACUGACUUCAUAUGACCUGUGGAUAGCAGCCUGAAUGCUCAAUUAAACAUUUUUUUUUAAAUGUGAAGUAAAACUGUACCAUAUAUAACUA